GUUAAGAAGUGCAUAUUGUAAUAUCCUCAUGUUAUUCUAUUAUUCAGUGCGAGACAAAGCUGUAGUUAAGCCAGCUACCAGCCACAUAACACAAGUGAAGUGUGUCAUUACUGGCGGGCCCGUCUAGGGCGUGAGCUGGUAAAGCAAACAAGGAUCAGCCCCGCGGCACCGAGAUACAGGAGCACACUUUCAUUCCAAGUCUCGCUGUGUGAUAUUUGAAGACCAGGACGGGCUAAAGCUGGGCAAAAAAAAGCGUUUGUUUUGUCUUCCUGUGUGUUUUUUUCUCACUAUUUAUUAAACCCAGCCCGCCUUGGUCACACAAAGAGGCCACUGGAAAACAGCCUCCAAAUGGAAAGAAGAGCGUUGGCUUUGAGGAAGAUGAUCGAGAAGCAUCGCCCUAAGAGGGAGAAUCUAGACCCUCGGAAGUGGAUGAGGCCGGAGACGGUCAGGGGUUUUACUGACUUUGUGCUAAACAAGAACUCGGACAAAGAGACGGACAACAGCUUUGACGACAAAGAGAUGUUGCUUGAGGCAGAGAAGCAGUUUAUGGAAGCAGCCAAGAGGAACGAUGUAGAGACCAUGAAGACUCUUGGAAAAGGGUUGAACGCCAAUGCAAAGAACGUGCACAACAGGACUGCCCUUCACUAUGCAGUGGCCGGCAAAAACAAGGAGGCUGUUCAGCUUCUGCUACAGCGCAGGGUCAAAGUGGACCAAAAGGACAAGUACGGCGUGACACCCAUUCAUUUGGCUGCCUGGUUUGGCAGUUUGGACAUCCUGAAAUUAUUAGUGCAGGCCGGCGCCGAACAGAAGGUUGAGAACGAGGAAGGACUGAACAUCAUGCAUUGUGCCGCAAUCAACAACCACACUGACAUUGUAGAGUAUAUUGUUAACGACCUGCAGAUGAAAGAACUAGACAAAGAAGACCAGUCAGGGCACCGGGCAUUUACACUGGCGGCAGAGCACGGCUGCGUUGACAUGUUGGAGAUGCUGAUAGACCCAUACAACAUGGCCACCAUGAAGCCCAACAAGAGAGGAGACACGCCCCUGCACUUAGCUGUGAGGAACGGCCACUUGGACGCCGUCCAACUGCUGCUGCAGAAGUUCGAUACUCGGGACGAAGUCAAUACGGAGGGUGAGACAGCUUUGUACCAGGCUGCAGACAACGCACAGGAAGAAUGUCUGCUGACCCUGCUGGAGGCCGGCUGCGACCCCAACAUCCUCACACAUGCCAGAUGCAGUGCUCUCCAUCCAGUUUCAAAACGAGGAGAAACGAGUCUUGUGCAGCUCCUCUUAGAGUACAAAGCCGAUCCCGACUUUCAAAAUCAGGAUCUAGACGCACCUCUUCACCUGGCAGUGAAGAACAGUCACAUCCCCGUCAUCCAUUCUCUCCUGCAGGCGGGCUGCAACAUAAACGUCACAGAUAAGAGGUCCCAGACUGCUGUGCAUCUCGCUGCAGAGCUCGCCAGAAUCGAUGUCGUGGAAAUGCUUCUCAAAACCGGGCUGGAUCUAACAAUCAGGGACAGACAGGGUAAGACGGCACUGGGCGUCGCGGCCAGAGCGAACGAGGUGAUUAUUGUGGACAUGAUCAUCAAAGCAGAAAGAUACUACGCCUGGAAAAAGGCAAACCCCGAGCUUAAUGAGAGCGUUCACAGCGAGCAUCCGCUGACGUUUAAACUCGACCACCGCUACGAGACCAAGCCGCUGCGUGCGAUGGCCUGGCGCCUGGCCUACGAGCUCCUGAAAGAAGGAGCCUGGAAAAGACUGGCGGAACACUGGGACUUCACCACGGAGCAGGUGUCUGCCAUCGAGGAGCAGUGGACAGGUCAGCGCAGCUACCAGGAGCACGGGAACAGGAUGCUGCUUAUCUGGCUCCACGGGGAAGAGCUGGCGCAGAGGAAUCCCGCUAAAGAACUCUACCAGGGCCUCAUGCUCACAGGGAACAGGAAAGCCGCAGAUAAGAUUCGGAUGGAGGCGGAGAGUUCCAGCACUUGGCUUCAUACUCCGUGGACAGGCGGGUGCAGACCUCCUCGGCCUUUGAACGGCAAGCCCGCUCCACCUUCACCUUCCAGUGUUUCUGGAUCAGAGAGUACCAGCCCAGCAGCACCUUCCUCUUCAGCUGCAAAUUGUAGUGCUGCCGCGCAACUUGAGCAGCAUGAGCCUGGCGGGGACAACCGCGACACCGUGACGAUAUUCACAAGGAAAUAAUUACAACUAUAAUUCACUUUUGCGCAGCUGCUGUUUAUUUUUCUCUCGCCGUGCACAUUCUGUCAUGGUUUAGACGAAAAUAUGAGGCAUGCAGUUAAAAAGUCUGGUUUUAAGAAACGGCAUAAAUGGGUUGCUGCUGUUAGAAGGCACAUAAUGGAACAGAUUCUGCUUAAGUGCAUUGACCAAAUGUCACGUAUGAAAGAGAAGAUAUUUUGUGAGAUAUGUUCAGGGUGCAGAAAGAAGUUCAUACACGAUGGAGACACUGAACUAGCACAAAGGUUUUGGGUUAUAGAUCUAAAAAGAAAUGCCUUAAAUAGCGGACAUCCCAUCCAACCUACCCAAGAGUUCAGACAGAGCACAAAUCCCACUUAAUCUGACAACGUCAGGAAGGGGGUGGGAUUACAGCGAUUCGUUAAACACCACAGAAAAUAAAAGGUUUUGAACGUUUGGGAGACACCA